AUAAAUUGUAGCACAUGAGCAAUAUUCGCAACAGUUUGUUUUGAAUUUGGAAUAGAUCUAAAUCGUCAUGUUUCGUACUUCAACGAUUAUUUUUGUUCUUGCUCUCUGCAUCGAAUCUAUCGUAUGCACGUCUACUUGCGGACCAAAUGCAGUUUUUUCCGACUGUUCGACCCCUUGUCCGGUAACUUGUGAAAAUUACCAAAAUCCUCCUGAAUUCUGUCCUACUUACUGCGUAAAAGGAUGUUCAUGCGUAAACGGAACUAUAUUAAAAAACCAAAAAGAAUGUGUUUUACCCUGCCAAUGUUAAUCUGUCACGAUAGUGAGAAAUGUGCUCAGAAAAUUUCGUAUAAAUAUAAUCUAGUCGGGUCGAAGGAUCCGUACUUCAAUAAUAAAAUAUAAUUAUAGUAUAA